UCCUUCCCUCCCUUCCUCUCUACCCGGCGGAGCGUACGGUCGCGCCCUAACCAAGCUCUGCUAAGCGGCGUCGUACGAAGAAGAAAGCGUACAGAACUAGACCUGCAAGAGGGCCUUUGCUAGUUUUGGGAGUUGUGAAAUGUCAACUGGCCCUGGACUCGAUUCUCUCGUUGACCAAACAAUAUCGGUCAUUACAAAUGAUGGGCGUAACAUUGUGGGGGUCUUAAAGGGCUAUGACCAGGCAACAAAUAUCAUUCUUGAUGAAUCUCAUGAACGUGUUUACUCCACAAAGGAAGGCGUGCAGCAACUAGUGCUUGGUCUUUACAUAAUAAGGGGUGAUAACAUAAGCGUUGUUGGAGAACUAGAUGAAGAGCUUGAUUCCAAUCUGGACUUGUCCAAGCUGAGAGCUCAUCCCCUUAAGCCUGUAAUUCAUUGAUCAUGUACCAUUAUACAUGUGCAACGGCAGUGUUCGUGCACUUUAUGAGCCGUUUAUCAUAUAUAUAGGUCAGUUGAUGAUGUUUGUCGAGAACUUAUAACUGUUUGUUCGGAAAAUGUUGCUGAUGGCUUAUCUAAGGUGCAGUCUCAAUACAGUAUUGCCGCGGGGGAAAUGAAAGGCGACUACUUCUGUUUGUAAAGAGUCUCUAUCAGAUUUUAGAGAUGCGACUUUUUUGGGAUUUAAAAGAUGAAGUUGGUUGAGAUUGUACGAACUUUGAGACCUUGGAUUGAGAAACUGCAAUUCCCCAUGA